GUAACAUCUGGUUAUGCAAAUUAUCAUCAUGACGAUCAAUGAAUAUUCCAAUGAGGUUAUGACGUCAUCUGCCGCCUUCUUAGCGUCUCGCUUCUUUCCCCUGAAAAGAGCUGACAACAUUCACUGCACAUCUCGUGAACUAAAUUCACUGAUCAUUGAAAGCUUUUUCCUUCUUUCUUCUGAACAAACAAAGCCGUUUGGAGCUCGCCGUCACUUCCGGUUUCUUUGUACUCGGGACAGACAGGUGCGCUCCAGGUGUCAGGUUAACGCGCGCGCGCUUUCCUCAGGAUGCGACCAGGCGCAACUUGGCGCGUGUUCAAGAGUGGAGAGGGUUUGUUUCUUUUUGCGCAUGCGCAGCGCGCGCCGCACAUCCGCCUGCUAUAUGAGAGCGAACUCGGGCAUGUUUUAAUUUUUUUUUAAAACACUCUUCGAGAUGGACGGGACCGAGGCGAACCGGAGGAACUGCACGAGGAGCGACGCGGUCGCAGAUCCGGGCCAAGACCAGAAAAGCGGCUCGAAGGACCGCGUGACACUUAAGAAGGAAAUCGGUUUGAUGAGCGCGUGCGCUAUUAUUAUAGGUAACAUCAUUGGCUCAGGUAUCUUCAUCUCUCCAAAGGGGGUUCUGGAGCAUGCCGGCAGCGUGGGCUUCUCCCUCAUCGUCUGGGUCCUCGGUGGAGGCAUCUGUGCUCUGGGCUCACUGUGCUACGCCGAACUGGGCGUCACCAUCCCCAAAUCUGGGGGAGAUUACUCCUACGUGACGGAAAUCUUUGGAGGACUGGUGGGGUUCUUGUUGCUGUGGAGUGCAGUAUGGAUAAUGUAUCCUACCACGCUGGCUGUGAUCGCCCUCACUUUCUCAAACUACGUCCUGCAGCCGGCGUUUCCAAACUGCCUUCCUCCCUAUAUCGCCACUCGCCUUCUGUCCACUAUCUGCAUCUUGCUGCUGACGUGGGUGAACUGCUCCAGUGUUCGCUGGGCCACACGCAUCCAGGAUUUCUUCACCAUCGGGAAACUGCUCGCUCUUGUUCUCAUUAUUGUAGUGGGCAUGGUCCAAAUUUGCAAAGGGCACUAUGACGCUCUGGAGCCUCAGACAGCGUUCGAGUUUAUCCGAGAGCCGUCAGUGGGGCAGAUCGCUCUGGCCUUCCUGCAGGCCUCGUUUGCCUUCAGCGGCUGGAACUUCCUCAACUACGUCACCGAGGAAGUGGUGGAGCCACGCAAGAACCUGCCACGUGCAAUCUACAUCUCCAUUCCUCUGGUCACGUUAGUGUACACUCUCACUAACAUCGCCUACUUCUCCUCCAUGACCCCCGAGGAGCUGCUCGCGUCCAACGCCGUCGCAGUGACGUUUGGUGAGAAGCUGUUGGGGAUGUUCUCCUGGGUCAUGCCCAUCUCUGUGGCUCUGUCCACGUUCGGAGGGAUUAACGGCUACCUGUUCACGUCCUCCAGGUUGUGUUUCUCUGGAGCGAGAGAAGGACACCUGCCCUACCUGCUGGCUAUGAUCCAUCUGAAGAACUGCACACCCAUCCCGGCUCUGCUCGUCUGUUGCACUGCGACCAUCGUCAUCCUCUGUAUUGGCGAAACCCACAACCUGAUCAACUACGUGUCUUUUAUAAACUACCUCUCAUACGGAGUGACCAUCGCCGGCCUGCUGUACUAUCGCUGGAAGAAACCCAAUCUCGUCAGACCAAUUAAGGUGAAUUUGCUGGUCCCCAUCAGUUACCUGGUGUUCUGGGCCGUGUUGCUGUGCUUCAGUCUGUACUCGGAGCCUGUGGUGUGUGGGAUGGGGCUCGUCAUCAUGCUCACCGGAGUCCCUAUCUACUUCAUCGGAGUGCAGUGGUCAAAAAAGCCGCGCUGGAUCUACAGCGCAGUGGAGUGUGUGACGUAUUUGGGCCAGAAGCUGUGUUAUGUCGUGUUCCCUCAGGACGAUCCCUCCGAAACGGAGCCUCUCACAGAGAAAACUGAGAAGUCGGAGCUCUGAAGCGUCAAACCUUCCAGGGAAACUUUGUCCCCCCCUUUCUUUUUUUUUUUUUUUUUUAAAUAUUACGGGGUCAAAAAAACCCACCCAGAAAAGCAGCAGUUAUUAACUCAGAGUUUCUUGUGCAGGUGAUGAGACGGAUUUCUCUACGGUGCUCUAGGUUCCAGUUUCAAUUUUUUUUAAGUGUGUAAAGAAAGAGAGUCCUAUUGAGGGGAGAUGCAUGUUGUCUUUUUAUUAUUCCGGGCUUUUCUCGUCUUUUCCGCUGGCCGCGGAUGUCGGAAUGUGUAAAACGAACCCUUUUGUCCUCACAAAAGGAACUGGUUUCCACCGACCUCCUCUCGUUGCUACCUGGAGGCCAUUCCCGAUUUAAAAUACGGGGCAUGUGUUCUCUUGAGCCAUGCAGGAUCUUUUGUUUUUCUGUUCUUUGUUUAUUAAUGACUACCGGCCCAUAACUUUCAGCUGUGUGUGUGUGUGUGUGUGUGAGAGAGAGAGUUUUCUCUUUCAUAUACAGUCCCUAUAUAUAUGGCAUGUGGCCAUAAAUCCUUAAGUUGCACCACAGGGAUGUGUGUGUGCAUUUAAUUUUUAGUUUUUGGGUUUUUUAGAAAAGUUCAGAUCUGUAUCAGGUAUCCUUAAAACUGGUGUGUACUUUUUAAACAAGGUGAAAAUCUGCCAUUUUUUGAUACUUUAGAGCAUUUCUGUAGCUUUUUUUUUUUUGAAGACAGAUAACCUUAAAACCCAUUAAAUAGCCUUUCUCAAAAACUUAAUACUCAAAUAUAACAAAUACCUAAAACUAUACUCAUAUCAUUAAGAGUAAAAGUUGUUUUUUGCAUGACUAUUUCAACAAGAGUAAGAGGAUAGGAGUAAGUAGUAUAGUAUUAUUAUUAUCAUUAUUAUUAUCGUUAUUUACCUUUCAGCAUAAGACAGUGCUGAUGCUGAUAAGUUCAAAACCAUCUGAAAAAAUUUUUUUAAAUGGAAAUUAUUUUAAAUCGUUAUACUGCAUACAGCUCUCGUCUGUGCAUUCUCUGCUUGCUAGCUACUUGAUAGAUGUUAGCAGUGAGCGUUAUCGUCGACUAGGGCUGUCAAAUAUUUUUCUUUAAAAUUUUAUAUAAUUUAUUUGAGUUUUAAUUUAGUAUUUGUAUGUCUAUGAAUAUUAUUGACAGAAUGAAUAUUAGCAGCUCUUUUGAUAACAACAGUGUCACUUUCUUAAGCUAAGAAAUCACAAGAUUAUCAAGUUUAUCAUUUUAUUUUAAACAUUAAUAUUUUAGAUUCAGUUUUAUUUAUUUUUCUCACAGUGAUAGGUCAUCUUCAACUUUGACAUCUUCAUGCACAAAUAUUUAUUAUGUUGAUUUUUACUCCUCAGAAAUCAUUUGCACGAAUCACAACCAUAUGCUCACUAGGGAAACAUAUGCACUUCAUGACCAGUAGAGCUCCAUUUGGGAAAGAAGACUAGCGGAAAGCAUGGAACAGAAAGAGACGUAACAGAAAGAAUAUUAAGGGAAAGAAAAAUAACGGAAAGAUAAGUAGGGGAAAGAAAUUUUGGGGAUAGCCAAAUUUAAUCAGCUAAAAAUAUUUCUUUUCUUUUCAACUUGACUCGAAUGAAACCAAAAAGCCUCGUACACUUCGUUUAUUCAAUAAAGUUCAUUCAUUCAUCUUCAGUAAGCACUUUAUCCUGGUUAGGGAUGUGGUGGCUCCAGAGUCUAUCCCGGGAACGCUGAGCGUGAGGUGGGAAAACAUCCUGGAUGGGACGCCAGUUCAGAACAGUUUGAAAAUAGCAAUUUGAAAAAGCUACUUAAGUAAAUGUAACGGCGUAAACAUAGAGAAUUACAACUCACCGCUACCGAACCUCCAUUAUACAUACAACAAAGUUCGUGUGUUAAUAUGCAAUGAUUAUUUACAAUCUUUUCUUGAGCGCUAAAAGCGUGUAAAUGAAACUGGUUACUUUGUGGCCAAUGUGACUUUUAAAGAAAAAAUCGUAAGCGUACUCAGGUUACGCAAAAUAUACACUUUGUUACAGAAAUUUAAUUUCAUUACAUUUCUAAAAUGAAAAAAAGUUUUGUUAGUGAUUCCUCAAAACAGUACAUGCAGGUGUCAUGUGCAAAUUUGUAAUGUAAAAAAAAACCCUUCAGAUAUUUUUACGACAAACGUUUUAAAUACAAACCCCUCUGCUGAUGAAGUUACACUACGUUCACACUAGCAAGAAACAAGUCACUAGUGUCGUUUGUAGUUUGUCACUUAUGGGCGUGGCCUGUCGAGCGUUGUUUUUAUUUAUUUCCGAUGGAAAAUGGUAGUAGCUACACCUCCAAUAGCUAACAAUAGUUAAACACUAUUUAAAUAACACACUAAUCAGUGUGAAAUGUGGCUGUUUACAUAUUAUGCACUUAGCUUCGUACUAGCUUCAUUGGCUGAUUAGCAACUGUACUAGCUACGUACGCUCACCAGAGACACCAACGAUCUUUGCUACUUCCUUGCAAGCUUUAUUUUUCUUCGUAAUGUCUCAAAUGGUGCUUGCCACUGUCGCUGAAAUCAUGACUCCGUGACACGCACUUACGUACAAGAAGAACACUCGCCUGUUACUUUGUCGCCCUCCAGUGUGAACGUAGUGUUGCUUACUCUAUACUACGGAUGUUUGACUGAAACCAGGCGAGACAGGCGUGUGCUGAAAAGUGUGAUCAGAGCCAUGUGAUGGUGUAAAUGUGUGUGAGAUAAUGCUGCAGUUGCCUCCUACAUGAUGAUCACGCACUCUGUAAUGUAGAUGUUUGUUGUAUAUGUGUGCUUUUUAACUCAUUAUUUUUGAUCCGUGUUGAAAUGUAACAUUUACACACAAAUUUGGUUCUAAUGCUGCAUUUGUGACUGAGUGGGAAGUUUCUGACUUCUGGUUAUAACAUAGUUACCGCUCAGAACGUCUGAAGAGUUGCCCAUAGUGCUAUGUAUCUAGGGCUCCAUGUUCCUAUUGUUCUAUGUUCCCAGGGGAUUCGUAGGUUCCAAAGGGUUCUAUGCUCCUAGAGCCAUAUCCUGCUGCCUAUCUUCCAGGAGCCUAUGUUCCCGUGUUCCUAGAACCUUAUGUUUCUUCAUUUCUACGUUCCCAGGGUCCUGUGCUCCCCAGACCUUAUUUAUCUAAGGUACUGUGCUCCCAGAAUCCUAUUUAUCUACAUAUUUAUGUUACCAUAGUUCUAUUUACUAUGGUUUUAUGUUUCCAGUGCCCUAUGUAUCUCGGGUACUAUGUUCUCAGUAUCCUAUGUAUCUAAGGUUCUAUGCUUCCAGGGCUUUAGGUUUCCAGAUCUUAUAUUCCAAAGGGAUCUGUGCUCCCACAGGCAUAUCCUGGUGCCUGUCUUCCAAGAGCCUAUGUUCCCAUGUUCAGAGAACCCCAUGUGUCUAUCGUUCUUUAUUCCCAGUGUUCUAUAUUCCCAGGACCCUAUAUAUCUAUGGUCCUAUAUUCCCAGAACCCUAUCUUCUCAUUAUCACAUGUUCCCAGACCCCUAUGUAUCUAAAGUUCUAUGUUCCCAGUACCCUAUGUAUCUAGGGUGCUAUGUUCUGAGAGCCAUAUCCUGGUGCCCAUGUCCCCCGAGUCCUCUGUUCCCAUAUUCCCAAGUGCUAUGUCUUUUGGGUUCUAUGUUCCCAGGGUCAAUGUUCCCAGACCCCGCACUCCUUCUUUCCCAGGGCUGAUGUUCCUAGAGCUGGUUGUUCUCAGGGUCCUAUGUUCCUUCACUGAAAUUUUAUAGGAACUGGUCCUGUGUGGUGGUGCCCACAGUCCAGAGAAGAAACUAGAGGCACGUUUUAAGCCUUUAAAAGACUUUAGAUAUUCUGUUUGUGUAUGGUUUGUUUUAUUUUAAGAUCUAUAGGAGGAUAGUUGGAUCACUAAAAGGUUUGUUAAACUGGCAUGUUCUUUUUGGGCGCAAUUAACAAUAAAUUAAAAAAUCUCCAUCUUGCAUCUACUUUUAACAUAAUUUACUAACCAAACAACUCUUCUGGCAUUUUUAAAAGCUAUUUGAGGAUUUUUUAUCAACAAAGGAGACAUUUAAAACACUAGCUUACUGUUAAUUGGAAUUGUUUUCUGGAAAAUACUGACCACGCAGUUUUCAUGAAUGCAGCAUAGCACCACUUUUACAGUUUUGUUUUUCUAGAUUUGUCAUAUGAUACAUUUUCAGAGUGUUCCUGUGGUUUGUGAAAUUGUUUUGACGUUUGGGGUUGUAAGGUGUUUUUUAACCUGAGACAUUUUAUCAGUGGAUGCAAAAACAAGCAAGCAGAAGUGAAUAGAGUUUGUGUUAAAGACAUCUGAUGAAUGUGAAUGUAUUUCAUCUAACUCCAGCACUUAUUCCUUAAACCGUCAGGUUUAAAGUCACUUUAAUAUGAAAUUAUAAUUUGUUAACCAAAUCCCAGUUAAUGAGCCAUUGUAAUGUAUCUAUGCAAACAGAGGUUUAAUCACUUUAAUGGUUUAUUAAUAUUUUUUAGAGUUAUAUAGUAACUUACUUGCUGCAGUAACGUGCCACUGCCAGUGAAAGUUAGAUUGUACUUUUCCGAUCCCAGGAACUCGGCCACGUUUCUUCUUAUUGCAUUUUGAAUUUUAGAGACACAUUAACGAUUACAGUGUGUGUAAAUAACUGAUUAUUUAAUAGUUUUUUUUGUUUGUUUUUUUUUUGCUAUGCUGGAAUUGAAGAAAUGUAUUUAGGCUUCAUGGGGACUAAAAAAGGGACAUUCCACUGAGACAUGCUUCAAUAAUAUCACAUAAUUUACAGUGUCUGUUCUAGCGAUGCAUCGAUACCAAGUCGAUACUGAUACUGAAAUGAGUAAUCUACUUAGUAUUAAUCAAUCAGGGAUGUCAUGGAGCAUUUCAUUUUGCUCUGUUUAUCUUGGUUUCUACUGUGUGCUGAGAUUUAUGUUUAAGAUUUUAUGGCAGUAUCUUUAAUACGAGCGUGAGGACGGCCGAUCCGAGCGUACAGAGCAGUAUCAGCGAGCGUGGACAUUAAAAAAAGGUCAUGAAUUGCACCUUGACUCACAAGCAGAGUGUGGAUGCUAGCUGCCUAGGGAAAGGAAGUGUGUGUCUGAGUGCUCAGUGCUCACUGAGCUGAAGUGCUCUCACACAUGCUCACUUCAGUCCUCCACACUCCCAAGUACCCUUAUGUGCAAUUCACAGCAUUUGGUGUUCAUUUUAAAACGCCACGCUCACUGAUACGGCUCUGUGCACUCGGGUCAGCCUCCUCACACACUUUAUUACACAUAAUCUCACGCAGAAUCACGUGAUAUCAGAUAGUGGAAGCAGAGUAUGAGUAAAUCAGCACAGUGUCAUUAAUGAUGCAUCUCUGAUCUAUUCCCAGAGCCUCCUGUCUUAAAUCAGCACUUAGAUCCAACACACUUCUUCAUGACUGUACACACCAGUGUCAUCCUCUACCCAACUAAAGCUAUUAAACCUUUCUCUUUUUUUAAAUGAAUAAUAAUAUAAUACCAUACUGGCUAGUCUAGACUUUUUUUUUUUUUCCUUUUCAUUUCAUGGGAUCCAGGGCGAGAUGUUUCUGUCCCUAAGCAUGACACCGAGCCUGUUCUCUCUGCCUCAGUCACCAAGUGCUUCAUUCAAACAAACACAGCCGUGUAAAUAUUAUUCCUGAAAGAGAGACAGCAUUCCUGAGGCCAGCUGAGUGAGACAUUGGGGAUGUGUGCUAUAAAUAUGUACUUCGAUGUAAAGGAUGGAUAUGCGUAACAAAAAUAUCACAAUAAAUUUAAUUCAAAACUUUA